GUGCAACACAACAUCUUUAACAUCAGAAGAAGAAGAAGAAAAAUAAGAAGAAACACUCAAAAUGAAGAAGCAAUCUGUGCUAGUAAGAUUAUUACUAGGAUUUCUCUGUGUUAUCAAUGCCCUAGGGCACUCAUCUGCAACAGAUAUUCUGGGUCAGAAAGAGAACCAGAAGGAGCUUGUGCACACUAGAGUCGGCUCUAUGUUCUCUGAAAAGGAAGCUCAGUACCAUGUGAGCAGGAAGCUAGGGUUUGGAAGGAAGAAAUCAAUGGAGAUUCAUGAUCAUAAAGAUUACUCAAGUAUGGAUUUUUCUGUGAAAGAAAAAGGUUCAGAAAGAGGAGGACUAGGGACUACAAAGAUUUCAGCUGAGGACAAUAAUGCUUUGAAGAAUUCUAUAGGAAGCUUACGAGAAGAUGAUCAUCAGAAGGACGAUAAGAACGUUGCGAAUAGUCUUUCCGAAUCCAAAACAAAUUACUCAAACUAUGCAAAAGUUAAAACCAGAUUGAAGAAGAGCAGUUUCAGCAGGCCUGAAAGACAAAUCUCUGAAGAAUCACAAGAACAUAAAGAAAAAGAUGAAGAAAAAACCGAAAGGAUUUUCCAAGUUGAGGAAGAGGUUAUGAGCUUCAUGCGUAAGGAUUACAAUGGAAUGGCUCACCGCAAGCCCCCCAUCAACAAUCAAGAACCCAGAAACUGAUCAGAUCUAUCUACGCUAGUGACGGCCUAGACCUAUCUAUAUAUAUAGAUAUAUACAUAUAUGUGCAUAGCUAGGCUCACAAUUUUGCCACCAAGUAACUAGUAACUACGAGUUUGACCUAGAUAUUUAACAGAUAUAUAUAUAUAUAUAUAUAUAGGGUUUACUUUCUGGUUUAGUUUUGACGGAUCUACAGGCAGUUAUACAGGAUUUAACAGAUAUAUAUAUAUAAGUUUGUUUAACUUAUUUAUUUGUUUGAUGUUUCCGUAAAAACAAGUAGGUGUAGAACAUAGUAUUGUUAAUCAGACCGUAAGAAAAAAUGGGAGAAGAGAAAAUAAAAAUAAAAACAGCAUGUGUUUCUGUAUAUUUUGUGUAUCAUAAUUAUAUCCUCGAAGUCAAUUAGUAGAAUUUAUGUGCCCUCUUCGUUCUAUAUAUUAAUGUAUGCAAAAAGUUACACGAUGAAUAUUAGAAAAAGAAAGAAGAAAAAAAGUAGUUUUUAAGCUAUGAUCAUUUAAAUAAGUUGUUAGAGAUUCAAAUUUAUCUCAUAUAUAUAAUAAUUUAGUUGAGAGAGGGGUUUAUUUUUAC